AUGUCGAGCGCCCCCAAGAAUUACCAAGCCAUCGCGGCCGAGAAGCAGUUGGAACGGCAGUCCAAGAUCCCCAAAGAAUGGCUGGUACCCUCUGAUCAAUACCAUGGGCUCACAAAUCUCAUGCACGUGCCGCAGACGUGUGGCAUCUUGACAGACACCGAAUGCGAUAUCACCUCGAACUUUGACGCGACCGCGCUUCUGGAGAAGCUCAAGGAUGGAGUAUGGUCAGCAGAGGAGGUCACGGUGGCUUUCUGUAAAAGGGCAGCCGUUGCACAGCAACUGACCAACUGUUUGACGGAGAUUUUCUUCGACCAGGCCAUCGAGAGAGCCCGUACACUUGAUCGUGAACGGAAACAAAACCCUGAAAAGCCGCUGCGUCCGUUUCACGGCCUCCCAAUCUCGCUGAAAGAUAGCUUCCAGGUCUCUGGAUAUGACACAUCGACAGGAUUGGCAUGUUUUGUGAACGAACCAGCAGACGAAGACAGUGGGACUGCCGCCAUGCUGCUUGAGUUGGGCGCAGUGCUGUACUGCAAGACAAAUCUUCCACAGACGAUCAUGACCGGCGACAGCCAUAACAAUGUCUUUGGCAGGACCUUGAACCCUCGCAAUACGGCAUUGACGGCAGGCGGAAGCACUGGCGGCGAAGGUGCUCUCCUUGCCCUUCGAGGCAGCGUGCUCGGAGUCGGUACGGAUAUUGGCGGGAGUAUCCGUAUCCCCUCCCUCUGCAAUGGCAUAUAUGGAUUCAGACCCAGUGUCGGAUUGGUUCCCCAUGGUGGCGUAAGGGAUCUCACAACUCCUGGUACAGAUGGGGUGCGCUCGUCGGCCGGACCGAUGGCCACGUCGCUUCGGGAUGUAGCUCUUUUCCUCAAAACAACAAUGUCAGCACAAACCUGGCGGUAUGACAGCACGGUGAUAUCGAUACCGUGGGUGAAUCUCGAGCCCAAGAAGAAGCUUCGGAUAGGCGUCGUCGCCGACGAUGGUAUGUACACUCCUUCGCCACCGGUUCGGCGUGGCCUCCAGAAAGCAGCGGACCUUCUGCGACAACACGAGGAUAUUGAACUCGUACCGCUUUCCUUGCCCAAUGUCAAAGACCACUAUUUCGACCUGAUUCGGUAUUGGACGUUGCUGGGAAGCGAAAAUUACCUCGAGCUAUUCGCCCGAACUGGGGAGCCUGAAGUUCCUUCCGUCAAAGCAAUUAGGAUCAAUACCUUCCCAGGCACCGAUCUGCGGGGAUUCUUUGCCCUCAACGUGCGUCGUCAAGCAGCAGCACGCGAAUACCUCAGGCUCUUCCUCGACAAUAGACUCGACGCGAUCCUGAUGCCGCCGGCGCAGCACACAGCCGUGCCCUUGGAUCAGUGGACGACGGCGACUUACACUGGCUUGUGGAACUAUCUCGAUUACCCGGCCGUCGUCAUUCCCGUAGAAACAGUGUGCGAAUCCGACGUGGUGGAUGAACCCAGCAAUGCCCGAUUCGGCCCCGACGAUGCUCGCAUGUAUAGUCUGUACACGGGACCGGAAGACUAUAAGGACGCGCCUAUAUCUGUGCAGCUGGUUGGAUACCGAUAUUGCGAUGAAGCAUUGGCCAACACCGCUGCCCGGGUCGACUCGAUCAUCAAUCGCACAGCACGGUCAGGGUGA